CCCGGGGCUGCUCGCAGAGGUUUCGGCAGUUUGGCGCGGUUGGAGCUGCUGAGCUGAGCCAGGUUUUCCGUCCGUUGCUUCUCAUUGAAAGCGGUUUCGGCGGCCAUUCCCCAGAGUCAUGGACAUGAAGAAGAGGAUCAACCUGGAGCUGAGGAACAGGACUCCGGCGGAUGUUAAGGAGCUGGUUCUGGAUAAUUGCAGGUCAAACGAUGGCAAAAUUGAGGGACUGUCGGCAGCAUUUGAGAGCUUAGAGUUUCUCAGUAUGAUCAAUGUAAUGCUGACAUCUGUGUCAAAUCUCCCAAAGUUAAAUAAACUAAGAAAGCUUGAACUAAGUGAUAACAGGAUAUCUGGAGGUCUUGAAGUUCUGGCAGAAAGGACCCCAAGCCUUACACACUUAAACCUCAGUGGAAAUAAAAUCAAGGACAUCAAUACCCUGGAGCCUUUGAAGAAACUUCUGAAUUUGAGGAGUCUUGACUUAUUUAACUGUGAAGUGACUAAUUUAAAUGACUACAGAGAUAGCAUGUUCAAGCUGCUCCCCCAGCUCACGUACCUUGAUGGAUAUGACCAGGAUGAUCAGGAAGCACCCGAUUCAGAUGUGGAAGGAGAUGGUGACUGUCUAGAUGACGAUGAUGAGGAAGAUGAUGAUGAGGAAAAUGAAGAUGUUGAAGAGGAGGAGGAUGAUGAUGAUGAAGAGGGAGAAUUUGACGUUUUGGAUGAAGAGGAUGAAGAUGAACUUGAUGGAGAAGAUGAUGAUGAUGAUGAUGAAGAUAGUGCAGAUGAAGAUGAUGAUGAGGAUGAAGAAGCUGAAGAUGGUGAAGAGGAGUGCAAAGAAACUGUCCAAGGCCAGAAACGAAAGAGGACCCAGGAGGAUGAUGGGGAAGAGGAUACUGAAGAUGAUGAAUGAGCCCAAUAAAUGUAUAGACUGUGACUGUGGUUGAUAUUCGCAUCAAGUGACAUUCCUCUGAGGCAGUAUCUGUAGCUAUGGCGAUGUAUAUUUAUGAAAAAUAUAUUUCAUGUGCUGUUUUGUUCUAAAGUGCAUUUAUAAUAACUGAUUAUAACAUUUCUGACAAGUUGGAUAAAGCAUCAGAUUGCUGGGGGUCUGGAAUGUUGCCUUAGAUUGGUCAGAGUUGCCACUGUUAAACCAAAGUUGUACCAUGAAAACUUGGGUAGUGGUGAGUUUUGUUUAUAAUCUCUCCCCUUUAACUCACAGAAGAAUCAGUUACAGUCCCUCCCCACAGAACAUGACAUUUUUAGGCGCAUUUUCCACCGCUAUUAGUUUGUUUUUUUGUAUCCCAUCACCGUGCCGUUCUCUCCCGCCCCACACAUACAUACACCUUUUUCCCUGGAUUGGUAUUCCAAAGAGUGACAAAGGAACUUGAGUAGCUGGCAUUCCUAAACCAUUACAUUUUUUGAAGGGUGCAAGUGCUCCAUAGCCUUAGCUGUUAGAAAGAUGACUUCAAACUGAUAAGCAGGCUGACUCACCCAAGUGAUUCCUGUGGUAGACAUUCAUUUUGUUAAUAACACUCACUAAGGAUAGCAGUUGUACAUUAUUAUAAAAACCUGUCUCAAACCUACUGCAUUCAGUUUGGAGUUUAUGCCAUUACUGUGCCUUAUAGUGUAGUUGGUCCAGCAGACAAUGUUUUGGUUAAAUGUGGUUGAGAUUAUUCAGUUGUCGCUGUGUAUUAGGGUGUACAAUAAGACAGCCUGUGCAAUCUGUCAGAAAUGUCAUUUUUUAAAAACCCCAGUCUCCAUUAUUGACUACUUAUUGUUUUGGCAUUUCCAUAGCAACAGAACUGAUGCAAGAGUGGUGAGCAGAAGUGUUUUAAGAAGCUGUCUUUUUCAGAAACCUGAGUAUGAAAAAAAUCUAUCCCGUAACUAUAAUUAAGAUAUAUUUUCUAGUUGCAACUGCCCGAUACUUACUGGUGUUUUAACUUUUAGUGCUGGGCUUGUUGCUGUCGAAUGUUUGUCUUAAAAAUGGAUCUGGUGAAAAUGUUAUCAGUAGUUGAAAAUAUCAAGAGCUUUGCUACAGGUGUACCAGAUUUUCUGAAAAAGGUUGUUCAGUUUUUAAUUACAAAUGCAAAAAAACCCUAUAAAGAGGAAAGUAAAUGGCUUUCAAAUAUUUGUAUAAACUCGGUCAACAGUCUCUUUGUAUUAUAACAGUAUAUUAUGGAAUUAGUUCUAGAUACCCAUUGAAAAAUGGAUAUUUAUAAACUCUGGGACUUUUUUAAAAGAAAACUAAAUGUUGAGAUUAGAAACUAGGUAAUUUGUUACUUUUUAUUUUUAGUGUGGUGUGAAUUUUUUAGAGAAAAAUGAAUUUGAAUAUAAAUUUUCAGUGUAGUUACUUUACAAAUGUAUUAAGCUUUGAAAUGUUGUUGAGGUUACUUCUGUACAGAAAAUAAGUUCAGAAGACCAAUUUCAUGUUAAUGUAUCUAGUUUUGUUAUAAAUUUUCAAAAUAAAUGGGUUUUUAAUAAAAA